GUUAAUGAAUAUCUCAAAAUCAAAAAAUUCUGUUCCAUUGGACAAGCCUAUAAAAAGUCCUUAGCCAGACAUAUUAUCCAUGCCUAUGUAAGCUUUAAGAAUUGACAUGCUCCUGAACUCUAAAAAUAAAUUAGAAACUCAAUAAUCAACCAAAGCAUUAGAUAUAAUAAAAUAAAUUCAGCAAAGCAGCUCCGGAAAUUUAAGACUUGACACAUCAAUAAACAAAUCUAAAGAGCAUCUCUUAAAAAAAACUCCAACCAAAACUACCGCUAGUUUUCAUUAUGAUAAAACCCCUGAACAUUCCUAAAACAAUUAAUCAUGCAGUCCCCAUACUCAUGCUUGUUUAAAACCUCAGCUUAAAUAAUCAGAAGAUUAAUUAAAUUUCAAAAAUGUACCUUCAUAGCAACCCAAUAUUUUAAAAGAACAAUACGAAAAAAUUGAUUAGCUAAACGCAUUAUUGAAAGAGCUAAAAUAAUAAUUAACACAAUAAGAACAAGAAAAUCAAAAAUUAUAAGAAGUUAACAUUCGCUUAAAUUAAGAUAAUCAAAAAUUAUAUUCUUAAACUGAAGAAAUGUUAAAGGAUCUUGAAUAUAUGAGAACUAAUAUUGAAUAGUAAAAUAAAGAAUUUAAUAAUUUAAAAUAGUAAAAUCAUUAAUUGUUAGAUGAUAUGAAACUCUUAAGAAGUGAAAGAAAUAAAGUUAUUAAUAAUAAUAAUGAAUAAGUUAUAAAUUAAAAAAAUAAAGAAAUUUCUUAACUAUAAAAUGAAUUAAAUGAGUAUAAAUAACUUUUAUAAGCUAAAGACUCAUCUAUUUAACAUUUAAAAUAAUAAUUUGAAAAUUUAGAAUAAUAAUAAUAUGAUAUUAUGAAUAAGUUGGAAUAAAAAUAGGAUGAAUUAUCAACUUUAAAGUAAUAAUAAUAAUUAAAUGUACUAAAUUAAAAAAAGAGUAAUUAAUUUGAGUCACUAUCAAGAAGAUCUUCUGUACCAAAUGAAGUAUUAUUUUAUCAAGCACAAUAAGAGUAACUUCAAAAAGAGAAAGACAUAUGUGAAUAAAAAUUAGUUGAAAUGUAAACAAUUAUAAAUUAGUUUUUAUUAAAAGAAAAGAAAGUAAAUCAACCAUCUAAUAAUUCAUUUGUUUAAUAAAAAGAAUUUAAUAAAAUGAAAUAAAUAAUUUAAAUCUAAAAAAGAUAAAUUGAAUCAUAAUAGAAAACUAUCAUGAAUUAACAUUAUGAAAUCUAAAAUUUAUAAACUUUAUUAUAUUGUUCUACUGAGUAAGACAGUUAAUUUAAUAAAAAAACAUUUGAUUCAGGUGACGCAGAAAAAUUUUCACUUUAAUCUGCUGACAUGUAAACAGAAUUAUAAUAUAUAUAGAUAUCAUAUCUAAGAUAAAGAGAAUGACAGAAAGGGUUUUGGCGAAUAUUAGGGAGCUCAUCACAUUACUUUUUAAUAAUAACAAGGAUCUAAAUUUAUUAUGGAAGAUACUUUUAGAAAUUUAGAUAAUGAAUUAAACUCACACAAUACUUUAACAGAUUGA